AUCGUCACGCCAUUUUUCCGGUCCAGUCCCUCCCGGCCUCCGCAAGAAAGCAGCAGCGGCUCAGCAGCCCCCUAAAACCCAACAGGUCUCAGAGUCCUAACCGAACGCCAUGUCCAACUCUCCCCCUACCUACGGAGAUCUUGGAAAGCCCGCGAGGGACGUCUUCGACAAGGGAUAUGACUUCCCAAAGGUCAAGCUCAGCUUGAAGACAAAGACUGAGUCUGGAGUGGAAUUUGAUACGAGUGGCUCACACGAUCUUGAAAAGAGCAGAACCACAGGACAGCUGAAAACCAAGCUAAAGUUUCCAGACUAUGGAGUAACGUUCUCCGAGUCCUGGAGUACUGCUGCAGAGAUAGACUCAGAGUUGGUCUACGAACCAUCCGCUGUCGCGGGCCUCAAACUCACCCUCGGCUCUGCUCUCGUUCCAACCAGCGGGUUCAGACAGGCUCGGCUGAAGGCUGGUUAUCGCCGUGACUACGUCAGUCUGGAUGGAGAUGUAGAUCUUCGAGUCAACGGACCUAUCUUUAGGGGAUCUGCGGUGUUCAUGUACAAUGGGUGGUAUGCAGGCUACCAGAUGGCUUACAACACCUCCAACACAAAACUAGAGGCAAACAAUGUUGCCGGUGGUUACCAGGGUUCCGACUUUACCGUCCACGGCAGCCUAAUGAAUGCAGCAGACUGCACUACCUCAGUUCACCACAAGGUCAGCGAUAAGACGGAGGUGGGUCUCCUGACGACGUACAACUGGCAGACAAGCAACGUCUCACUCGGGCUGGCCGGAAAGUACGUCAUGGACGACGGCGCAGUCAUGAAGACCAAGGUGAACAACCAGGGCCAGAUCGGUGUGAGCUAUGCACAGGACCUCCGCUCCGGAGUAAAGCUGACACUCUCCGGAAUGUUGGAGGGAAGAAACGUCCAAGCCGGGGGCCACAAAUUCGGCCUCGCCCUCGAUUUCGAGUCUUGACACUUGUCAAAUUAUUAGCCGCUAGAGACUGUAUUGCCAAGAGUACAGUACAUCAUGUGUAUUAAUUAGUGGUGGGCUUUAAAUAGGGUCUGGCAGCUGCACGUGUACCGCAACACCGGCUGUCAUUAUGUCAUAUAAUAAUUAUUGUGAAUGGCAAUACAAUGACGCCAUGUUUGACUGUUCUUCCUCGCUUUUG